GUGGUGACCCCAGUUCCCAAACAUGUUUCUCUCAUUAAUUUUCAACUGUUUUGUGGAUUGUCUUCUACCUAUUUACACAACCAAUAACACAGUGAGCAAACAACCUUUUCACAAAUCUCAUCAUCAUCUUCUUCUAAAUCUGUUGCCAAGAAAAUGAAUAAUCAUCAUGGAUUUACGGAGAAGAAGCCCAAGACUAAGAUCGUAUGCACCUUGGGACCAGCAUCAAGAUCGGUCCCUAUGAUCGAGAAGCUGUUGAUGGCCGGCAUGAACGUCGCUCGUUUUAACUUCUCUCAUGGAUCUCAUGCCUAUCAUCAGGAGACUCUUGAUAAUCUCAGGUCCGCCAUGGUCAAUACCGGUGUUUUGUGCGCUGUCAUGCUCGAUACUAAGGGUCCUGAGAUCCGAACUGGCUUUCUGAAGGAGGGAAAAGUUCAGCUGAAACAGGGUCAAGAAAUUACCAUAACUACUGACUAUGAUAUAAAGGGGGAUGAAAAACUGAUCAGUAUGAGUUAUAAAAAGUUGGCCGAAGAUGUCAAACCAGGGAUGGUUAUACUUUGUGCAGAUGGGACGAUCUCUUUUACAGUCUUAUCAUGUGACAAAGAAAAGGGUUUGGUGCACUGUCGCUGUGAGAACUCUGCACUUCUCGGUGAGAGGAAGAAUGUUAAUCUUCCAGGGGUCAUUGUUGACCUCCCAACCCUGACAGACAAAGACAAGGAAGAUAUAUUGGAAUGGGGAAUUCCCAACCAAAUUGACAUGAUUGCUCUUUCUUUUGUUCGAAAAGGCUCGGAUUUAGUGGAGGUUCGUAAGCUACUUGGAAAGCAUGCUAAGAAUAUUAUUCUAAUGUCGAAGGUUGAAAAUCAAGAAGGGGUGGCAAAUUUUGAUGACAUUCUUACAAAUUCAGAUGCAUUUAUGGUUGCGAGAGGUGACCUAGGAAUGGAGAUUCCAAUUGAAAAGAUAUUUCUAGCACAGAAAGUGAUGGUUUACAAGUGCAACAUCCAAGGAAAACCCGUUGUCACUGCAACACAGAUGUUGGAAUCCAUGAUAAAGUCUCCCCGGCCAACCAGGGCUGAGGCCACUGACGUUGCCAAUGCAGUUCUUGAUGGUACAGACUGUGUGAUGUUAAGUGGUGAAACUGCGGCUGGAGCUUACCCGGAACUUGCAGUUCGAACCAUGGCCAAAAUAUGCGUAGAAGCCGAAAGCACACUUGAUUAUGGAGAUGUCUUCAAAAGGAUUAUGGAACACUCACCGGUUCCAAUGAGUCCAUUGGAAAGCCUGGCUUCUUCAGCUGUUAGAACAGCAAAUUCAGCAAAAGCAGCUCUUAUAUUGGUCUUAACCAGGGGAGGAAGUACCGCAAAAUUGGUGGCUAAGUACAGGCCUGGCAUACCCAUUUUAUCCGUGGUUGUCCCUGAGAUCAAGACUGAUUCUUUCGAUUGGUCAUGCAGUGAUGAAACUCCAGCAAGGCACAGCUUAGUCUUUCGUGGUUUGAUUCCGGUUUUAUAUGCUGGAUCUGCAAGAGCUUCUCAUGAAGAGACAACAGGGGAAGCAUUGGAGUUUGCUAUUCAACAUGCCAAGACAAAGGGUCUCUGCCAAAAUGGGGAUUCCAUUGUUGCACUGCAUCGGAUUGGAACUGCAUCUGUAAUUAAGAUCUUGAAUGUAAAGUGAGUUGGCUUGGAGAUUUUCGCCUCACUUUCAGAACUUUUUGUCCGUGGCACUACUUACUUCUUCAGUUUUAGAUGCAACAAACGUGAUUAACAAGAUGACUAAAUAAAAUGUGCUGAUGAUUUGCGUUCUAAAUGCCGAUUAUUAGACUUGGGAUCUUGGGAGCUCUUUGUGGACUGGUUUGUUCAUUAAAUGCACUGAUUUUGUUUCCAAAUGUAACUAUUUGUUGCUGUUUGUAUCAUGUUUGUAUCUAUGCAAUAAAUAAAGUCUGUUAGGACUUGCUCGCA